AUGCCAGGUCGACAGGCGCAUGGACGGUCCUUGUUGGCCCAGCCAAAGGCAAAGGCUGGCCCCAAAAAGUCCAAGUCGAGAGCGCAGACGAAUGCACUGAAUGCGUUCAACAUUGCGCAGGAGAGGUUUCCUACGAAAGAUAAGAGGACACCACGUGCGCGAGAACUGGACGCUGAAAUCGAGAAAAAGCAUGGAAGAGAGGAAGACGACGAGGACGAGGAAGAGGAAGAAGAGGGCCCCAAGCGAAAGAAGGCCAAGGCUCCGCGGGGUGCGGCGACAGACGGCGAUGUAGAGUUUGGCAGCGACAGCGAGGGCAACGAGUGGCAACUGGGUGGCAUGGCGAACGACGAUGACGACUCUGAAAUCGAGAGUGACGAUGCGUUUGGUGAUAGCGACAAUGAGAUGUUUCAGGGCUAUGCCUUUCGCGGAUCAAAAACUGGCCAGCGCAAGGACGACGACUCGGAGGAUUCUGACGACGGAAAUGACGACCAAGGCGAAACUCUUGGCGAGGAUGCGAUUGAUCUGGCCACAGCUUUGGACCAGUUCGAAGAGGAAUCUGAAGAUGAGCCUGAAGGGGAAGAGGAAGAGGAGGACUCUGGAUCAGGAGAAGAGGAGGAUUCCGACGAUUCUGAUGAGUUUGAGGGUCUCGAUGACAGCGACGACGAAGCCGACCCCGCCAAACUUGAGCAGCUCAAGGGCUUGAUAUCCGGCUUCGGAGGCGAAGACGAUGACGGCGAGAAAGAUGUCGUGGCGUCUGGGCAGCAGAAAAUCGAUCUCGGUGAUCUGGGGCUGUCUGGAUUGAACGAUCCCUUCAUGAAGCAAUCAAUAAAGCUUAUGAAGAAAGAGUCAAAAGAGAAGCGACCCGGUUCAACGAAGAAGCUAGAGGUGCCGUUAUCAAGGAGAGAGCAAGGGCGUAUCGACCGAUCGGCGGCUUAUGAGAAGACAAAUGAGACCCUGGAUCGAUGGACAGAGACUGUUAAGCAGAACCGCAGAGCCGAACAUUUAGUUUUCCCUCUCCCUCAAAACUCAGAAUCAGCUGGACUCGACCGGACGGAACUUCAGCCUCUGUCACUGAAGGGUGCGUCGAACGAAUUAGAAGCUACAAUCAUGGGCAUCAUGGAGCAGAGCGGACUGUCGCUUGAAAAGGAGAAGAAGCCUAAGAAACAAGAGUUUGACGAAGAAGGUAAUCUGCUCACGCGGAAGCAAGCCUUGGAAAAGAAGCGCAUAGAGCGCGAGUUGGCUUCCAGGGAAGCAAAACGCGCCGCCCGCAUCAAGAAGAUUAAGAGUAAAGCCUACCACCGAGUGCACCGGAAGCAAAAGGAGCGCGACGAAAUGGCUACCAGAGAAGCCAUGGCCGAGGCUGGCGAGAUUGACUCGGAGGAAGAGAGAGAGGCUCAGGAUCGCCGACGUGCGUUGGAGCGAGUGGGCCAGCGCCACAAGGACAGCAAAUGGGCCAAGAUGGGAUCCAAGGCAAAGCGUGCGGUUUGGGAUGACGAUUUCCGGGCUGGGCUGACAGAAAUGGCUCGCAAGGAUGAGGACCUCCGCAGGAGGAAGGAGGGCAAGAGUUCAAGAGGCGACGGAGACGAUUCAAAUGAGACUAGCAGUUCUGGAUCUGACGACGAUGACGCCGAUAACGCAGACCUGCGACGACAGCUGGAUGAGCUCGAGAAGGAAGACAGCGCGCCUCAGUCGGGAUUAAUGAAGAUGAAGUUUAUGCAAAAGGCAGAGGCGGCAAAGAAGAAGGCAAACGACGAUCUCAUCAAGGAAAUCCGUAAAGAGCUCGACGGAGAGGACGCGCAAGAUUCUGAUGACGAUGAAGGUGAAAAGGGAGGAGAGGUCGGACGAAGGCAAUAUGGCAGCGGAGCGGCAAACCCGUUCUCGAUGCCGCAGAACUCUGCCCGAGCAAGCAGGAAGACGCUCGCACGGGAUGAUUCUGAAGAAGAGAACAACACAAGCUUCGCCAACGGAGAUGGGGCUCCUCACAUCUCAAACGGCGCAAUCAGCCACGCCUGGUCGACCACACCCGCCGAGACAACGACUUCGAUAGCGGGAGCCUGGUCCAAGGGCGAGUCUCGCCGAAAGAAAUCUGCCCGAGCCGACGACCUCGAUCUCAACGCCAACAUCCUCACCGCAUCCCAACCCUCCAAGCCGAAACCCUCCCCCAAGAAGACAAAACAGCCCCAAGACGAUGACUCCUCCUCCUCCGAAUCCGACGCAGAAUCGGACUCAGACAUCCGCCUGCCCAUGGCCAUCCGCGACAAGGACCUCGUGGCCCGCGCCUUUGCCGGCGAAGACGUCGUCGCCGAGUUCCAGCGCGAAAAGGAUGAAAUCGCCGAGGCCGACGACGAUAAAGUCAUUGACAAUACUUUACCCGGCUGGGGCUCCUGGGUAGGCGAUGGAGUCAGCAGCCGCGAGAAGAAGAGGCACCAGGGCCGCUUCCUGACAAAGGUGGAGGGCAUCAACAAGAAGGACCGCAAGGACGCCAAGCUGGACAAGGUCAUAAUCAACGAGAAGCGCAUCAAAAAGAACGACCGUUAUCUCGCCGCCCAGCUCCCCUUCCCCUUCGAAUCGCAACAGCAAUACGAGCGCUCUUUACGACUGCCUGUUGGACCGGAAUGGAUGACCAAGGAGACGUUCCAGGCCAGCACGAAGCCGCGCGUUAUUAUGAAGCAGGGCAUUAUCACGCCCAUGUCGAAGCCA